CGGGGCUGUUUGUAAACUCACGUUGCUCUCCGGGCAAUCCACUUUCCAAAACAACAGAAAUAUAAGCCUAGUAUUCACUCGCCAAGAGUCGUUUCAUGCGCAAGCCUUAACAAGAGAAGGAGUUUGAGGAAAAUUGUUCUCGUCAUUGCCUGGAUCAGGGCCGUACAGAUGGACUGAAAUCAAACAAAUCAGAACACCAGAGAAGAUCCAACAUGGGCAACAAACGGAAAGCCUCCAAUGAGGUCGACAGAGACUCAGAUGCCAGCUCAGGAUAUUUCAGUGCUUUGGACCAGACAGACUUUGAAGACGUGGGGCCAACCAUUAAUGCAGCGCAAAGCAUGCCGACAGCUCCUCAGGUGCCUUUCAUUCCUGGCUCGCAUCCAGGCGUCUCUCCCAUGAUCGUUAUGAACAACCUUGUCCUCAAACAGCCUAACGCCAUGGCCCCUGCAUUAAAACCUUGGAGAUUAAACACUUCCCUAGAUGUGGUUCCUCAGUCCCAGGUGCUUUUCCUACAGCCAGUCAUGGCAGCUGGUGACUGUACCGGCCAAAGCUCUGACAAGCAGAAGCAUUCCAGAAAGCACGUUCCCAUGCAGAACACCUUUCCGAAAAUUUUCCCACAUCUUACACAAGCAUCUACAGUUGACGAGGCUCCCAGUGCUAUCCAUAAGAGGUCAAACCACAGUCAUGGUGAAAGGCAUCAACGACGGCGUUACGAUGAUAAACCUUUUCACAGAUCCCCUUUAAAGCAGGAUGUGUCCGAAACAUUUAAAGAUUACCCCAAUAUUGCUUCUUUGGGAGAAAUUGGUCACUCUGUUGAAGACAUGGAGGAAAACUCCAGGCUUUCUGACCUUCAGGAGCCCCAUACCACCACUUCACCAUUCUCUCUUUGCUCAGACUCCUUCCUUGAUUCUUUCCCUCAAAAGAGUCCCAAAGCUUCAGUCACCCAGAGCAGUGAUGUGGAGAACAUCCCAGAGGCCCUCUCUCCAAGCUCCAGCAAGCGCAAACGCUUCUGCAAUACUUAUAAUAUUUUGAAUCGGUCAGGCCUACUGGGCAUCACACUGCGCACAAAGGAACUUAUUCGACAAAAUAAACGCUCCCAGGCCCAACUUAAGAGUCUGCAGGCUCAGACUGACCUCUUCUUGGAGGCCAUAUGUAGUGGAGAUCCCAAAGUCUGGACGAGAUUGCAGCUCAUCCUCCAGAACUCUGGAAACAGUGAGGAGACACCAGUGGACUCUGCAAGGGGGGCAGAGCAGGAUGUCACAGACGUGGGUUGUGUGGUGUAGUCACAAGUUUGGAUUUUAUUUCAGCUGUUAUCUGUGGUUUUGUGGAAUAGCCAACUUUGCUCAGACCUUAUGAAGUUAGGCAGUUGCUUAGCAAAUGUUUAACAUUUUCUCAUAAUAUUAAAGAAAUAUCAAAGAUUUGAGUCUUAAAUAGAGUCCGUAGAUCUGUAGAUCAGUGUUAUCUUUCCAACAUUAGUCGUCUUUAUUUUUGUGGAUUUGUCAAAAGUACACUGUAAAAAAAAAAAAAAAAAAACUAAAAAAUACGGUAGCAAUGUUUUAGGUUUUACGGUUUUAAUUUUCCUUAACUUAUGUAAUAUUAAUCAAUAUAUUGAAGUAUUGAAAUCUGUUUUGUACCUUUGUAAUACACCGAUAACCACCAAAAGCAGGUGGUAAUGAGAAAGUCACAUGAUAAAACAAAGCCUAUCACAAGCAGCUUUUAAACAUUAACUUGUACUAUAUAUAGAAGGUGCACAGUGUCAUUCACGCGAACACUAAACAUCAUCAUGGCAACACACAUCAAACUGAAAUAAUGCAAUAAACAUUAAUUUAACAACAUUAGAUGCAACAUACAACUCUAAUGUACAAAACUGAUAAGAAAAAAAGAAGCAACAUAGUUAUUUUAACAAAAAAAACAUAAAACGCAGGGAAUUCUAAGAAUGUAAAUUUACGGUCAUUCACUGUAAAUUUUGUCUUUUUCCACUUCAAAACACGGUACUACCGGAAAAUUACAUGCAAUGUCCAAUACAGUUUUUCACCAUAUAUAUAGUAGGGGGAUUUACCGUUAACCAUUUAACAGGAUUUUACUAUAGCAUUUUUACAGUCUUUUACCGUUAAACUCACAUCAUUUUUUUACAGUGUAUAUAAAGACAGCAUUUAGGUUACAGUUUCAUCUUUUUCUGAAUAAAGCGGUACAGUGAUUUAUUAGCACACUUAAUUUGAAAAAAUGCUAUUAACUGUUCUUCUAUCUCAAACUAAUUUGUUACUACCGGAGCUAGAACAGUGUAUCUAAUAAAUGCCUUUGACAAAUGACAAAGAUUUGAAUAACUAUAUUUAAGUGCACAUUUUUUUUUUAAAAUUCAGAUCAAAAUGUGAAAUUCAGAAUCACCCUUGUGAGUAUUUGAAAAUUUGUAAAAAUGUGUUUGUAAUAAACAUUGUUUUUGUACAUGUAUAAUGUGUUCUCAAAUGCACCAAGUAAUAUUCUUGUUGUUAUCUAUGAGAAAGACCAAUGGACAUUAAGAGUAAGAGUACUAAUAACUGUUUGUGCUGGUUGGAGUAGCACUUCAAACGUGGUUAUUUAUAAUGCCUUGUGUCGUAUUAUUAAAUGAGUUGUUUACAUUCUUAACAGAGAUUGUUGUUUGCUUUGGAUGCGAGCGAGCAAAUUGGCAAAUGUACAGGUUGAUUUUUUUUUUUUCUGUAGCAAUCUGUUAUACUGCAUGCAUGCAGACUGUUUAUUGUGCUUGGGAAGGCAGGUACUAAUAAGCCUUGAUGACAGAGGUCAGGUUUUAAUGGAGUAAUGAAUGCACUCUGUGACAGCAUGUACACUGUGCAAGUGUACUUUGCGUACAAAUGUUCUCUUUUUUAUUCUGUUGUCAUCUUCUGGAAUGCAUUUGUAUUUGCUUUUCAAAAAUAUAAACACCUUGUUGAUUUAUCAGAACAUGAUACUAAAUGACACAUUUUUGCUUUAGAAACCUAUGCAAUAGUCUUGUUUAGUAUUAGCAUUGUAAGUGCAGUUUUGUUUCUGUAGGUGUCAUUUGAUUUUUUUUUAUGUGCCUUCAAAAAUAAAGGCAUUUUAAAUAUA